AUGGCCACGAGACGUGUCUCUCAAGGGCUCCCGCUAAACUAUAGCGAUACAGGCGAUCUAAGAUGGUACCCAGCGAAACGAACAACGAUACCACACUCACAUAAGCUCCCUGCCACAGAGGGUAUGAAGUGGGAGGGUAAGAGACCCGCGCAAGAUCUGCUGGUACCGCGACUGACAGUGCGGCCUAGCUCACAACGGGCGGGAGAGACGGCCGCUCUCCUGACCCAGAGAUGCUCCGACGAUACACACAAUAUGAGCAAGCCCCGUUACCCCCCCUCUGGACCGGUGGGGGAGAUCCCGGUCCACCCAGUGGAGAUUAUCCACGGCAAGCCCAAGCAACACAGGCCGCCUCGUGGGCAAAGCGAGAGCGUGGAGCUUCACUUAAGAUGGCGGAAAUUACAGAAGCUGAAAGCCCCACUGAUGCUGCACAAGAUGUCCUGGCGAGGAUCCACAGACAUUUUAAAAGGUUCUGGAAGCAACUGGAGCACAGGCUAUAUCUACCUGCCCCACCACACAGUACUGACCUUCCUGAGCAGACACUACAGCCAAACCGGCGGUCAGCGGCCCAGCGCCAUGGCGCCCGAUCGACGCCACCGAAGGUGAAGAAGCCUCGCUUCCCGCCGGGCCAUCCACACACACGGCUCAGGCAAAUCAAUAAAAGCAAGCAGCACAGAGGAGAUCCUUACGCGGCAACACAAAGUACAAAGCAGAAACUCUGGCGCAAGCGGCAAUACCUUGGUCCUAACCCGUUUGGAGAAAAGACCCUGCUGCAGCGCAAGGGACACCCUGUGAGGGUACCAAAACGUAAUCCCUUAGACAUCAGCAAGGCCCGGUGUGUGAAGCCCAGACCCUCCAGACGAUACAGUACGCACCAGCAAACACCAACUAUACCGCAUCUGUCGCCUGACGGGCCACUGGCAGCCCUGCAUGAACUGUCUUCACACGGAAGCUUACAGCCAAGCCAGGGAAUUGGUUGA